AUGCCCCAAAACCCGCUACAGCAAUGGCAGGUAUGGAAGGGAGCCAAGUCUGACCCGUGGGACAGCCUUGGAUUGCCCAUGCUUUUAAGUGUCGUCAGAGCCUCCACUCGUCGCAACAAGGCUGUCUGCCAUCUUCGUAUCCAUCCUCGGCCUCGGGCGGGCCAAACUCCCAUGGUCGUCCAGGCCAACAGCGGUGGCUUGUGCUGGGAACGGAGGAAAAGGCCCGCAUGGAAUCCCAAGACUGCCGUCCUCGCCAGGCACAACUUCGCUUAUGCCGAUCCUUAUCCAUGUCACCUCACAACACCAGGCAAAAGAGGUACAGCGCCGAUCAGUCUGCGUCCCAUCAGCUUGCUGGGAAGGCUCGCCACGAGAUCUACUCUUGGCUUCAGGGCAAAGAAGCCCAUGGUGCAACCGCCGCAUUGUGGUAAACGCACAUCGCCCAUGCAGAUCUGCGGCCAAGCUGCUGUUGCAAGACUACUGUUUUCGCUCAACGGAGGACGACAAAACCUGGCUCGCUGUCGAUCCGAGAUCACAGCUUGGAGCAUGGAGUUGACCUUGCCGGGAUGA